AUGUCAUCAGCCUCGCCCGCUCCCUUGUCAUCGGAGCCUUCUGAUGAGCUCUUGGGGCCUGCUUCGCCUGCUUUGCCUGCUUCGCCUGGUUCUCCCGUUCCCGCGAAGCGCAUAUUAGAUCGCUGGAGGCAGAAGGUGGCUCACAGGUUGGGAUUGGACAACAAACGGCCUUACAGUGGUGGCUUUAACCGACCCAGCGAGAGAAUUUCCCCCUCUACCGUAUGGCUAUUGACAUAUUCUGCAUCCCCUCCAUGUCUACGGAAGCAGAGCGAAUCUUCUCAGGCGCAAAACGACAGGUUAGAUGGGAUAGAAGUAGGAUGUCUGCCAAAAUGGUAG